AAGACUGCAGCUUGUAUAAAACGCGAGAUGAGGCGACGAAGCACUACACUGGAGCUGCCGGAAGUCUUGCGUAAACGAUGUGUGCUCAAGUUGGCAAGGUCCCGCUGACUGACCCGUCGCUGCUUCUGCGGCCGGAGAAGGUGUACGAUGACAAGCCGCUGACGGCCUUCCGGGACUACUCCGUCGACGACGAGGACCCUAUCAAGCAGCGCGUGCGCAGGACGUACUACACCAUGCACACACACACCACCGUCGACUUUGUCAAAGGCAAGAUGGAGAAGUGGCUCAAAUUCAACCACUUCAAGUCGACGAUAAAGGACGCGCUGAUCCGACUGAACGAACUGGUGGACGAGUCGGACCCCGACACCGACCUUCCUAACAUCGUGCACGCGUUCCAGACCGCGGAGCGCAUUCGCCAGGACUACCCCGAGGACGACUGGUUCCACCUCACGGGGCUCAUCCACGAUCUGGGCAAGGUGAUGGCCUUUUACGGCGAGCCGCAGUGGUGCGUCGUGGGCGAUACCUUCCCCGUGGGUUGCAAGUGGGGGCCCAGCAUCGUCUACGGCGACGAUAGCUUCAAGGAUAACCCCGACACCUACAACCCCAAGUACAACACGGAGUACGGCAUGUACGAGCCACAGUGCGGCAUCGAGCGGCUGAUGAUGUCGUGGGGGCACGACGAGUACCUCUACCGUGUCCUCGUACACAACCGCGCGCGUCUGCCGCGCCGCGCCCUCUUCAUGAUCAGGUACCACUCGUUCUAUCCGUGGCACGCGGGCGGAGACUACAAGCACCUCAUCACCGCACAGGACGACCACAUCCUGCAAGCCGUGCUCGAGUUCAAUAAAUACGACCUAUACACGAAGAGUGCGGCGGUGCCUGACGUCGAGGCGCUGUGGCCGUACUACGAGCGACUCAUCGACAAGUACAUUCCCGGAGAGCUCGAGUGGUGACCAUAUGGGGGUCAAUAAAGAUCUAAUG